UUAGUCCCUCGCUUCCGACAAACAUGGCUACAGCCGCUGUCUCUACGCCGGUGAAGAUUGGCAUUAUUGGGGGGACUGGUCUGGAUGAUCCUGACAUACUUGAAGGCAGAACAGAAAAAUAUGUUGAUACGCCAUAUGGAAAGCCAUCAGAUGCCUUGAUUUUGGGAAAGAUAAAGAAUGUUGACUGUGUGCUCCUGGCCAGGCAUGGAAGACAUCAUACUAUUAUGCCUUCAAAUAUAAAUUACCGGGCCAAUAUGUGGGCGUUUAAGGAAGAGGGUUGCUCUCACGUGUUAGCAACUACUGCCUGCGGCUCCUUAAGAGAAGAAAUCCAGCCUGGAGAUAUUGUCAUGAUUGACCAGUUCAUAGACAGGACAACCAAAAGGCACCUGACUUUUUAUGAUGGGAACCAUUCGAAUCUUCUUGGAGUAUGUCAUAUUUCAAUGGCGGAACCUUUCUGUGCCAAAACUAGAGAAGUUCUCAUGGAUAUUGCAAAGAAGCUUGGGAUCAAAUGCCACUCAAAGGGGACGAUGAUCACAAUUGAAGGGCCACGUUUCAGUUCCCGGGCAGAGAGCCUGAUGUUUCGCAGCUGGGGGGGAGACGUUAUCAACAUGACUACUACCCCCGAAGUCAUUCUGGCAAAGGAAGCCGGCCUCUGCUAUGCAAGUAUCGCUAUGGCAACAGACUAUGAUUGCUGGAAAGAGCAUGAAGAAGCGGUUUCAGUGGAUAAGGUGCUAAAGACGCUGAAGGAAAAUGCAAAUAAAGCAACUAGUCUACUGCUUACUGCUAUACCUCAGAUUGGUUCCAUGGACUGGACAGAAACCCAGCACAACUUAAAAAAUGCCGUGCAGUUGUCUGUCAUGCUACCAAAACAUUGAAAACUUAGGAAGAUUUUUCUGAAGCUGUUCCCAAACGAGAACAUCGGUAUUCAAAAAACUGACAAGUACCCUGAAAGAAUACAGCUAAAACCUGCAACAUUUUCAUUCUUGUCUGCUAAUAAAUUCCUCGUUUUGGAAGCAGAAAUCUUGGAGAGGCUGAGAGUCUGUUGGUAAUGAAAGCUGACAAACCACGGAAUAGGAAUUUGAUACCAAAUAUUGAACCGUUACGCUCGAUACACUUUGGUAAAGAAAUCGAGAUGCCAAGGACUACGUUUCUGGUUCAUGUAGUCUCUCAUCACUCAGUCAAAAGAUGUCAAGGCAAAGGCAAGGUUAAUAGGUGUGCUCUUCACUGGUCUAAACAGAGUGAAUCUCAGAAAGCAGGUCUGCAGGUCAGUUGCAGUGCUGUCUGUUCUUUCGAUAUCAUUUUUUAAAAAAAUUAGUAAAGAAAUUUUUUUAGUAGCGAUUAAUGUAGUUUUCUUCGAUCAUGUUUUAUUUUCAAACACUUUAUAGUCUUUUUUGGGGGGGUUUCAUGUAAAAAAAAAAAUCGCUUCCACACGUGCAUUUUCAUUGGGAAUUUUUCAGAACACAAGGGCAUAAUUCUGCUUGCUCAGCGUGUGGGUACCAAGGUGUGGGGUGGUUCUGUGAAAAGCUCUACAUGUUAGGCCACACUCGCUGUUGCUAUGCUGGUGCCCCUCCCCACGCUUUCACAGGCAUGUUCAGUCACAACCCAACUGCUCACUUGAAUAGGAAGACCUUUCAUGCCUCAUGCUGAUUCAGUGACUACCUUCUGACCGCCGCCCCCCUCCCAGUCCACAAGCUUUUCUCAACAGAAGUGGCCAUGGGCUGGCAUCCAGGUGGGAGGCAGUUGCCGAUUGCUUUGCUGUGAGGUACCAAAGGGCCACCUGUUGAAUGCUGGGAUGAAUGCUCCCACUGUCUGUACAGGAUGUCAUGGCAGUCAGCAGCCCACGUGGCACAGGGAGGAGGACCAUUCUAGCCUCUAAUACUAGAGGACCAUUCUAGCCUUUAAUGGUCAUUUUUUGUCCUUAUUUCCAAAUGCAGGAUUGUGCGGGGUUUCAUCCCAAGCCUAUGGUUGUCAGAUUUUGCCCUCAUGCCUUAGCCAUCAAAGCAGUCUGCUAAGCGUAAGCCCUGUGGUUUCUCAUAGUGGUUGCACAGAUGCUGUGCUUAGAAAUAUUGUUCAGUAAUAACAAAAUUCAGUACCAAAACAUUUGAGCCUCAUUCUGGCAUCCUCUGCUGAGAAAUACUGAAUGAUGAGCUGCUACAUCUCUGGAGACUGUUUUGGUUUCAGUCUGACUAUUGAAGAACAGCUGGGAUGAUCAUAUCUAAUAUACACACGGAUGUAUUCAUGCAAUUUAUUUCUAUACUGUGUAUGCUGAAUGCCCACAUUUGCCUUCAAGAAAAGAAUGUGUUGCUGCUUGAUAUCAAAUAAAACCAAAUGUA